AUGGCCACUCCAGCAAGCUCGGCUGCAGCUCAGCUGUCUCCACAAGAGCAGGAGUCUCUCGAUCAGCUAGUGUCCAUCACAAACCAGACGCAGGCAGAGGCCGUCGGCCUGCUGCGGAGGUCGAACUGGAGCGUCCCGGUUGCCAUUGCCAAGUUCUUCGAUGGCGAGCAGGAGCAGAUCCCGCUCGAACCGCUGCCGCCCCGCCCCAACGGCCGCCGCGCAGCCCAGCCGUCACUGCAAGACCAGCUGCUGCAGGCAGAAUACAACGGCCGCCAGGUGCAGCCAGUCGAGCGAACCGAGGCAGCCCGCCGGGUGGUGCCAUCGCCACCGACGCCAAUAUGGCGGCCACCGCUGCUGGUGGCGCUGUUCUUGUCGCCGCUGCACCUGAGCUACCGCGUGCUCGUGGGCCUGUGGAGCGCAGUGCAGUAUCUGUCGUCGUUUGUGCCGUCUCUGCGACGGCGGCUGGGGUCCGGAUCCGGGUCUGGGCCAGGAACAGGAUCAGGAACAGGGACGGGAACAGGACCUUCGCAGCGGCUGGGCCGGCGACAGCUGAGCCCGCGAGACGCAGCCGCACGGUUCCGGCGCGAAUUUGAGGAGCAGUACGGCAGUAAGGCACUGCCAUUUGCCGAGGACGGAUACGCGCAGGUGUACGACCGAGCCAAGGCGGAGCCCAAGUAUCUUCUGGUGGUGCUGCUGUCGCCGGAGCACGACGACACGGACCGGUUUGUGCGCGAGACGCUGCUGUCGCCCGAGGUGACGGCGAUUGUGGCAGACCCGGCCAACAACUUUGUCAUCUGGGGCGGCAACGUGCGGGAUGCCGAAGCCUUCCAGGUGUCAGCCGAGUUUCAGGCGACACGCUUCCCCUUCUCGGCCGUCGUGUGCGUGACGCCCAAGGAGGGCGGCAGCACGCGUAUGGGCACGAUCAAACGCAUGACCGGACCCAUUCCGGCCCAGCUGUACGCCGCCCAUCUGCGCGGCACCAUGCAGCGCUAUGCCGACGACCUGGCGGCCGUGCGUGCCGACCGCGUCGACCGCGAGUCUAGCCGGAACCUGCGGGCUGAGCAGGACAGCGCCUACGAGCGGUCGCUGGCCGCGGAUCGCGAGCGUGCCCGCCAGCGCCAGGCUGCCGAAGCGGCUGCGGCUGAGCGUGAGCGGAUGCUCUGCCAGCAGGAGGCCGAGGCGGCCCGCCAGGUCAAGCUCGCCCGCCAGUGGCGGCGCUGGCGCCAGGCCCAGCUGCUGCCAGAACCGGCCGCAGGCACAGCAGGGGUUGUGCGUGUAGCUCUCAAGCUGCCCGAGUCGUGUGGGGGCGAGCGGGUGCGACGGGCGUUUGACCAAGACGUUCCGGUCGAGGAGCUACCGCAAGGCUACACGCACGAAUACAAGUUCCGGAUCGCAUCCAUGCUGCCGCGAGAGGUACACGAGCCGUCCGAGAGCAAGACGAUGCUCGAGGCCAUUGGCAAGUCAGCCAGCCUGGUGGUGGAAGAGGUGGAGGACGAGGAGGAGGAAGACGAGGACCAUGACCUCGACGGCUGA